AUGCGUUCUAAUUGCUUCUUUUAUCUAAAUUUUCUUUUCAGAACAAAGUUCAUUUCUGACAGUUGGAUGAUUGCCAAUGACCUUUUGCCCUACCAUUUGGGUGGCUAUUAUGAUGAAGCAUCACUCACUAUGCCAGUCGGUGAGUAUUUGAAGUCGAAGAACAAGGAGAAAAUACCUCAAAUAGGGAAUACAUGCACAUUACUUGAUGCUAGGGCACUGACUGGUGGGCAACUGGCCAUGGUGACUCGCAAUGAAGCUUACUAUGGAAUCUACGACCCGUCUCAAAUUCUUCAGAGGCUUCUGACGGGCGAGGUUGACAGUUUAAUUGAAGUUGGAAAGGUUGUGGACAAGAGCUAUAAGAGGGUGAAGAAAUCGGAUUCAAUGUCGAAGGUUCUUCGUUUUUCCGCCCAUUUCCCAUAUAUUAUUGUUAUUGGUGAUGAUGCAAGUGAAGGAGCUUACAAGAUUGAAAGCGCUGAAAUGCUGGGUUUUGGCCAUUAA